AUGAGUCGUACCCAGGCCGAGGAUGUGCGCAUGGAAAUUGACUUGACUGGCGACGAUGACAUCGUCGAGCAGGACAUGAGCAAUUUGUCCCUGAGUGCGAAGGAUUCACCAUGCCUCAACGCCGAGACAUACGACUCUGUCGCUCGCGCGCUCCACGAUACCUUUUCACGGAACUUCACUUCCUCUCUCAACGCUUUCUCGCCAUCUUCUUUGUUUCAUAAUAGCCCCCAACUCCAGUCAAUUCCCGACUCGCCUGUCAAUGGACUUCAUACUCAUCGCGACAUUGAAGUUGAUCUCGACAGUCAAACCAUUGACCUUGGCCAGACAAAUCAAUCGCGAGAAACUUCAAUUCAAUUACUGACACCUCCCCAGACAGUCUGCGAGUCCACUGUGACGGAUCCAGCCAUGGAGAUGCGCAAUGCAGCCGGCCAGGAAAUUCACGACUUGACUCAAGACAAAGAGCUGUCUCUGCCCGAAUACUACUACAAGGGAAUUUUUUACCGGGCUGGAAUGUGCGUCGAAUUCAAGGACCACUCGUUCAUGAAGAUUGUCGAUAUCAUUCCCCAGCCAGAUUCCGACGAUUUGAGAUUCUUUGGCAGAAGGCUAUAUCGGUCCACUCAUAAAAAAUGCGACAGUUACCUGCCAAAGUUCAACAGAGAGCUGAUCUGGGUCACCCAGAACACAGAUCUGAUGAGCUCCAGAUAUGUGAAGCGCAUUCUCGAUAUUUGCUUCACAAACUUCCGAACAGAUUUCUCAACCAACCCUCGAGAUUUCACAUGUCGUCUUAAGUUGACGUUGAGAUCGGCCGGCGUUAUCAUUGCGCCAGGUCGUGCUCCCAUAACAGCGGACCAAACGGCGAUAGAGUGGCUUCAAUACAAAGAAGCGGAUCCUGGUCACCGAUUGUGGUCCAACGAGCUUCGAGCGCAAUGGCGCGGUGAGACUGUGCCGUUUGGUGCCGCCGAAAAGUCUUCACAAGCUCUAGAGAUGGAACAGAAGACGAGAAUAAUCGAUCUCGAGUCUGAGAGAACGUACACAUUCGGGGACACCUUUUGUGGAGGAGGAGGUGUGUCCUGCGGUGCCAAGGAGGCUGGGCUGAGGCUUAUCUAUGCCAAUGACAUGGAGCAGAAAGCCCUCGAUACCUAUGUCCUGAACCAUAGCGACGUUGAUACCGAGUGUUCUGACUUCCACGACUUCAUAACCAACACCAAACGCGACCACAAAGUGGAUAUUGCGCAUGCUUCUCCGCCUUGCCAGACAUGGUCACCAGCACACACCGUGGACAGCGCAAAUGACGAUGCUAAUUCUGCGUGUGUAUUUACCGGGGUUGACCUAGCACGGGUUUCCAAGUGCCGGAUUUUGACCCUUGAGGAGACAAACGGCCUUCCUACUCGAUUCCCGUUAUUCUUUAAUCGCAUCAUCUUAAGCCUGGUGGAGAUAGGCUACUCUGUGCGUUGGUCAGUACUUGGCUGCGAUAAUUAUGGAGUUCCCCAGGAACGAAAGCGAGUGAUUAUCAUUGCUGCGGGACCAGGCGAGGUUUUACCCCAUUUCGCGGAUCUGACCCAUGGCGUGCCCGGUCCCAAUAUCCUGCCAAGAGCAACCAUCGCAUCCACCAUCAGCCAGAUUCCGGACGACGCACCCAACCACAACCUCGAAAGAGCGUAUACUCAGUGGCGUUUUUCCCACCGACAAUCAUUCCCGCCAGAGAGCCUAGCCAAAACAAUCACUUGCGGAGGUGGUGAGUUCAAUUACCACCCCUCCGGUGAGCGGCCGUACACCGAACGGGAGAUGGCGGUGCUUCAGACCUUUCCCCUGGACUACAAGUUCGCCGGGGUGUACACUCGGAAGCAGAUCGGGAAUGCGGUGCCGCCGCUAUUCGCCAAGGCCAUUUACGGCGAAGUGGUGCGGUCUCUUCGGGAGACCGACCAGGCAGAACUGGAGGGGAGGUUCCGUUAG